AUGACGGAGAUGUGCGCGAAUUUCGGACCGGUCUUCUUCGUGAAGCUGCAUCGGGAGAGAAACCCGGAUGUGAAUGGCGAAAAUCCGUUCAACGGCACUGUGCAGGUGGAGUUCGAAAGUGAGGAGGCAGCGGUGGCCAUAGUGGCAAUGGAGCAUCAUCUCAUGUGGAAGGACCAGAAAAUCCAAGCGUCGGAACCUCACUUCUGGAAAGGCUUCUUGUUGGACUUCGGUGCUUUGAACUCGGAGCUGAGCUUCGCCCCCAAGGGUCGCCUGGCCAUGCGGCGGGUGUAG